CUCCGUGUCAGUGGAGAUAUGGAGACGCCGGGCAGGAUAGCAACCACACCGGACGCCCUGGACUUUACCGUGGAGAACGUUGAGAAGGAUUGACCGUGGCUGCCAGUGUGCUCUGAUGAUUUCUGUGGCCAAUGACUCGGUCAUGAGAAGAUGGGUGGGGAGACAAUAGGGAGGAGGGAGGGAGUGAUGUAGUCCCGUGGAUGUGAUGAGGGGUGGGAUAAGGUCGAUGUCUGUGGCAGAUCCAGUAAGGAGGAAAGAUGGCCCUUCACCAGUUGUACUAUGAUCCCAAUAUAGAAAACAAGAAUCUGGCCCAGAAAUGGCUGAUGCAGGCCCAGGUCUCGCCUCAGGCCUGGCAGUUUUGCUGGGCCCUACUCAAUCCAGAUAAGGUGCCAGAGAUCCAGUACUUUGGCGCUAGUGCUCUUCACACAAAGAUAUCUCGUUACUGGUCAGACAUUCCCACAGACCAGUAUGAGUCUCUGAAGACCCAGCUGUUCUCCCAGAUUGCCUGCUUCUCCUCCGGCUCCAAGAUGGUGCUCACCCGGUUGUGCGUGGCCCUUGCCUCUUUGGCGCUCAACACAAUGCCCGAGGCCUGGCCAGGUGCAGUGGCAGAGAUGGUGCGGGUGUUUCAGGAGGAGGGAGGAGGGGUGGAUGGACGGGCACGCUGCCUGGCGUUGCUGGAGCUGCUCACCGUGCUGCCUGAGGAGUUCCAGACGAGCCGUCUGCCACAGUACCGGAAGGGACAGGUACAGGUUCGGGGUGCCCUUGGCCGAGAGUGGGGGUCAGUGUGCCCCUUGCUGCAGCAACUGCUGCGACGAACGGACAGCCCCGGAGCAGUGAAAGCUCGCGUGCUGCGCUGCUUGUCAUCGUGGGUUCUGCUCGACGUGCCCCUCAGCGAAAGCGAAGGGCUGGUGCACGACUGCUUCAGUGCCCUGCCUGACCCCGAGCUCUUUGACACGGCAGUGGAGGCAAUAGUAAACGCCAUCUCACAGCCCGACUCCCAAAGAUAUGUCAACACUUUACUGAAGCUGGUUCCUCAAGUGCUGGCUCUCCAGGACCAGCUCAGAGAGGCUGUUCAGAAUGGAGACAUGGAGACCUGUCAUGGCAUCUGCCGGAUCGCUGUCACACUGGGAGAGAACCACUCCAGGACUCUUUUGGAGCAGGUAGAUCACUGGCAGAGCUUCCUGGCUCUAGUCAAUAUGAUCAUGUUUUGUACAGGCAUCCCUGGCCACUACCCAGUCAAUGAGACCACCAGCUCCCUCACACUCACCUUCUGGUACACACUACAAGACGAAAUUAUGUCGUUUGAGUCCGAUAAGCAGGCAGUGUAUCUGCAGGUGUACAGGCCUGUUUAUUUCCAGUUGGUGGACGUGCUCCUACACAAAGCCCAGUUUCCGUCUGACCAAGAGUAUGCAUCCUGGUCCUCCGAUGAGAAAGAGCAGUUCAGAAUCUACAGGGUGGAUAUCUCUGACACACUCAUGUAUGUGUAUGAAAUGCUGGGAGCAGAGCUGCUGAGUAACCUCUAUGAUAAACUGGGCAGACUGUUGACUAAUGCAGAGCAGCCCACAUCAUGGCAGCACACAGAGGCUUUGCUGUACGGUUUCCAGUCCAUUGCGGAGACAAUAGAUGUGAAUUACUCCGACGUCAUUCCAGGACUGAUUGGACUCAUCCCUCGAAUCAACAUCAACAACAUCCAGUUAGCAGACACAGUUAUGUUCACAAUAGGUGCGCUGGCUGAAUGGUUGGCCGACCACCCAGUGAUGCUCAGCAGUGUCUUACCUCUGGUACUACAGGCUUUAGGAAACCCAGACCUUUCUGUUUCUUCUGUCUCCACACUUAAGAAAAUUUGCAGAGAAUGCAAAUAUGACCUGCCACCGUACGCAACCAACAUAGUAGCUGUCUCUCAGGAGGUCCUUAUUAAGCAGAUCCACAAGACAAGUCAGUGUAUGUGGCUGAUGCAGGCCCUUGGCUUCCUUCUCUCUGCUCUCCCUGUGGAAGAAAUCUUGAGAAACCUUCAUUCGCUCAUCACCCCCUACAUUCAGCAACUGGAAAAGCUAGCAGAUGAAACGCCUAAUCCCUCUAAUAAGUUAGCAAUCAUUCACAUACUGGGGCUGCUCUCCAACCUGUUCACGACACUCGACAUCAGCAAACAGGACGAUGAAUCAGCAGAGGGCUCGGCACCACCUGUCAAAACAGCCCCACCUCCACCCGGACCAAACCCGGUGGUAGUGGUUUUGCAGCAAGUCUUUGCUCUCAUACAGACAGUACUCAGCAAGUGGCUCAAUGACUCACAGGUUGUGGAGGCGGUCUGUGCCAUCUUUGAGAAAUCGGUGAAGACUCUGCUUCAUGAUUUUGCUCCCAUGGUGUCUCAGCUAAGUGAGAUGCUGGGUCAGAUGUACAGUACAAUUCCACAGGCCUCAGCCCUUGACCUCACACGACAGAUGGUGCAUAUCUUUGCCAGUGAGACAGACCACUUCCCACCCAUCAAGGCUCUGUUUGAGCUGGUUACCUCAGUAACUCUGUCUAUCUUCCAGCAAGGACCCAGGGAUCAUCCUGAUAUUGUUGAUUCAUUUAUGCAACUCCAAGCUCAGGCCCUCAAACGGAAGCCCGAUUUGUUCUUGUCUGAGAGUCUUGAUGUGAAAGCAGUGUUCCACUGUGGAGUUCUGUCACUCAAAUUUCCUGAAGCACCGACAGUCAAGUCGACAUGCUUGUUCUUUACUGAACUGUUACCCCACUGCUCAGAUGUGCCUCCGUUGGCCAGAGUUGUGCAGGAGGAUGGGAAACUAUUAGUACAGGCUGUGCUGGAGGGCAUUGGGGGUGGGGCAUCUCGGAGCCUCAUGGACCAAUUUGCAGAAGUUCUUUUUAGUCUGAACAAGAAUUGCUUUUCCCUUCUUGCUGUGUGGUUGAAGGAGGCACUGCAGCCUCCAGGGUUUCCGUCGUCACGGAUCACAGUUGAACAGAAAGACAACUUUUCACAGCAGAUACUCAGAGAGCGAGUCAACAAGAGGCGGGUGAAGGACAUAGUGAAGGAGUUCACGCUACUGUGCAGAGGGCUUCAUGGUACAGAGUACGCUGCUGAAUACUGAAACUCUGCCUGUGAACUUUCACUUAGCUGUGACCUAUGCCCUUGUUGGAAAACGGCUGGAUGCCAUGGCAACGCAGUUCUCUCAAAUCUAUCAGUGAAGUAAUGAUUGUAAUGAAAACCCACCCAGCUACAGGACGAGACAUGGAACCAUUUCAGCACAGACCUGCCAUAGGAAAAAUGGACCAAUAUCAGAAAAGCCGGUGGCUUUCAGGAGCCUUUGAUUUUCUUUCUCUUUUCUGGGAGUGAUUGUUUUCUCUCUUCUCUCUACAAUUUAAGGACCUUUUAGUUUGGAAGAACUUCCGGCAGCACUUCUAGCAUGCUGCCUCACGCCGCCUUCUAUCUCUGUCUUGUUCUGCCUUUCUAGAUCUUCCCGUGGUUCCUAGAUUGUUUCCUGGUGGUUUGCAUCCAUAUGAAAUGAUAGUGGUAUCGUACGUAGCUACUUGACAUUAUUUUUCAAAGUAAAUCAGAUUAAUUAUAUAAAUGUAUAUGUACACACAUAUAGAAAGAUGGUGGCCAUCAGUCCUGCUGCUGCUAAAGGGAAGGGAGACUCUGCAGGAAAAUAUACAAUAUUUACUCCCACUCAUGCCUCUGCAGCCUCCCAAUUGCCAAAUUAUCAUUGAAAUGGUUUGCGAAUUUUCUCCCUUUUUGUUAGAUAUGCCUUGUAGGGGUUAUGAGUGGAGACAAAAGGCAAAGAUCAUGUAACUUGGACUAGAACCAGUUCUGCUCUCUUGCCCAGCCCUUACAUUGUGCAUUGGGCUGUACCUCAUGUAUAUACAGUACACAUCCACCCAGUCAUACUGCAGUCUCCUCUGUUUGUAGAGAGUGGUCUUUAUGCAGUAGUCCUAUAAAUGAAGCAGGGCUGCCUAGUGUGAUGGCUGUAAGGGAAACAGAAUUAUAGUAGCUAGCAGAGAGAGAGAGAGAGGGGCACCACUUGGGAGAGAUUAAAGAUCCUGAUGUUGGAUUGCUUAGUCACUGUAAUCGUGCAAAAAUAUUAAUCAAGUUGUGCAUAUUAACAGUUAAUGCUGAACACUUCAGUGUAUUUGAGUGUAUGCGUGUGUUCAUACCUGUAUGUAUGAGAGGCUGUGUGUGCACAAAUGUAUCUUUUUCAGCUUGUUCAGUGCACUUAUAUUGGACCUACAAUACACAUCAAUAACUUCAUUCUAUCUUUUAAUCAAAGAGCCUAUUCUUUUCUUCACACCACAAUCAUUCAGACUAUUACGCUGACCUUUCACCUCUCAUCAACAUCUGUUAUGCUUUCUGGAAUGACCAGCCAGCUAUAAUCACCGACUGGACUCAUCCAUUUUCUUUUACCUGACACCACCUACUGCUCUCAAAAUGCUUGUGAACAGGACACACAAAUUCUUUCGUUCAUCUGGGUCGCUGUCUUGGAGAGGACCAAGAAGGAUUAGAGUCCAGUAUCUAAAUGUCUCAGUGUUUGCAACAAGAAUUACACGUAACGCUGUCAUUUAGUGCUCAUCCAUCAGGUCAGCUUGCUUAGACGAUGGGACGACUGUAAAAUACACUGUUUAUUAAAUCAAUUGGACAAGAUGACCUCUAAUAACCCUACUCAGCAUUGAAAUGUACUAUGUGGUCUCUGAUAAAACCUUAUCUCAGUCUAAUCCUUCUGUCUUAUCCGAGGUGCCUGCAGACAUGUAGCAUGUAUGUGUUUUGUGGGGGGGGGGGUGAAGGGUACAAAUUUAUUCAGUCUAUAACACACCACAAGAAGAUGGCAUUUAGGCUGGAUCAAGGAAGCAACUCUAGAGGGAGUGAGCUGCUCUGCGGAGCCUGAUUUGAACUGUGAAUGAUUUGGACGUUCAACACUGAUACUCAGCCUGUAUUGUGGUCUGGCUCUGAGGAGAGAAAAUAAAGCACUGUUUGUCACAGUUUGAAGAAAGUGUAGGAGGGGAGGGUAGUAAGAAAUGUAAAUUGUCUUUUUGUACCUUGGCUUUAAUUUAUUAAAUAUAUCUAAGACUGCAA